UUAGUUUUAUAAACAAUUUUUUUUUUAAAUUUGAACUUUUUAAUAGUUUUUACUUUUAUUAUGAUUAAACAGCCUAUAUUAGCGGAAUUGAAACAAUUUAUAUUUAGCUUAGCUAAUUUUAGAGGACAUCCUAAAAAUGUUACUUCAAUGCAAUUAGUGAGAAGUUCCUUAAACCUACUAGAAAAUUUGCCAGCAGCUAGAGAGGUUGUGUUUGAGUAUUUUUCAUUGGUUUUUGAUAUAUCUGUUGGAAAUUUUAUGUCUAGUACGCCGAAAGAUGGCCAAACAAAUAUUUCAGAAGAAGAGUACAUCCAAGAUAUACAAGAAGCACUGGAGGCCUUAAUUGCAAAGGGACCACCAGCUUGGGGUCCUUUAAUUGCGAAUUGGAGUUUGGAAUUAGUUGGUAAAUUAUCAAACAAAUAUUGGCCUGGAAAAAUGGAUAUUGGAGCUGCCUGCAAUUUAUGGCUUAAUUGUGCGGCUGUUAAGUGUUUAUUAGGUUUGAUUGCGUUGUCGUUUCGAAAGAUGAAUAACUCUGAAGCGGAAAUUUGUGUAGAAACACUUCUUGGCACGUUUCAAAAGUAUUCACCAACAUUCGAUUGGGUGGUAGCGCGCCUUGGUGGUUGUUUUCCUUUGAAAAUUAUAUCACAAGUCUUACAAUGCGGCUUAAAAAAAUAUUGUGAAGAUUUUCGAUGUAAUUUCGAUUCAGAAAUUGGUAUUCUGGACUAUUUGUCUUUUGCUCAUGAAAAGGACUUAAAGAAAUCAUUAAAAGAGCUGCUUGAAGAUGGGCUUAAACCAAAAACUAAACUGCACGUUCAGAUAGUACCUUAUUUAUUACAACUGGCAACUUGUUCAGAAGUGGUAUUACAAGUUGUUGUGACGGAAUUUUUAGAAAUUUAUAAUGAGAGUUAUCUUGAAGCGAUAACUCGACAAACAUGGAUGCUAACAAUUUGGAUGGAAAACCCUACUUUUAGGGACAUGCAACCGUCUAUGAAUAAUCUAGCACUCAAAAUCAAAGUAAACGGUUCCAAAUUAUUAAUGAUUGUUGCUAAGCUUGCAGAAAAAUUUAUCUGGUGCCACGACUUUAUAGAAUGUGCUCUUCAAGAACUUGAGCACAUGGUUUUGGUAAAUAUGUCAUGUCCGCUCUUAGAAGAGUUAUCUAAAGAAGAAUCAAAAGGGUUAUUAUGGAAAUCAGCGAAAAGCCCAAUAUUCAUUGAGCAACAAACAGCUGUCAGACUUAUAUUAUUAGUUUCAACACAAUAUCCUCACGUGUAUUAUCAGACAAUAUCUGAAAUGUUGACAAUGUCAUAUGAAGGAAAUAAAAACGGGAUAGGCCCAUUAAUUCGAUUAAUUGGAGGUUUAAGUGGUGUCAUAGAAUAUCCCACUCUUCGUCCAGGUUUGGAAAUGGUCCUUGAGAGGAUUUUGUUAAAAAUUCAGUUUCACAGUCCUGAAAAGCAGGAUGAAAGUUUGAGUGCAAUUAAAAACUUAUAUUCAUUAUCAGUUCUUGAAAAGUCUUCUUCUAUCCCCUUCUUACGAAAUCAGCCGAUUCAAGAAUUAUUAAAUGAUUGCAUUUUAAAAGUGCUAAAAAUAUUAGAAAGUACUCUGAAUCGUUUAAUGAGGCAGAAAUGCUUUGAAUAUUCAAAUCCCAGUCCACCAAAAGAACAAGAAAUUAAGCGUAUCAAAAUUGAGAAAAUCGAAAAAAUGGAAAUUGAAGAAGAGGGUGAAGCGAUUGAAGAUGAUGAUGAAGAAGAAGAGAAAAAAGAUAAUUUUUCUGUUAUGACCCAUACUUUAGUAAAAUUAUUGAACUCGAUUGAAGCAGGUAAUAAAUCUCACACGAUGGGAAUGAAUGAGACUUUAAAAUUAUCGUACCUUACUGUGAAAUAUUUUUUUAUGAGCCUAAAUGAAAAAAAUUCUUUAAUUCGAUCUUCUGGAAUAAAACAAGCUUUAAUGCUUUUCCAGCGACAAUGUUCAGCAAGAAAAGCUGCAAGAGCUGCUUGUUUGAGAGAAUUAAUCGUUGGAGCACUUUAUUCUUAUAGUCAUCUCUUUGGCGGACUGCAAGACUUUAUUGAAGAUGAAGAAUUGAAGAUUGAUGAAAGCGAGAAAUUAAUAACAUUAAAUAGAAAACAUGGACAUGGAACAACUGCUAAUAGGUCCACUCUGCAUGCGGGUUUAAUUGGGAAUGGCUUAAAAGCUGAAAACGGUGAAUACAUUGCGGACAAUCCGAAUUCAGAAUUUCAAACUUGCUAUCUAAAAGCUUUAGAUGCCUGUUGUGUAGAGCAGGAUAAGGUAACCAUAGAUGGAUAUGUUCAAAUAUCUUUGUUACUUGUUGAAAUGGUUUCUUCAGAUGUAAUGUAUAAUGGUUUACCAUUUCCUGAAGAAGAUUUUACAAAAGUAACAAUGGAACGAGAUUUAAUGAUAAGAAGAGCUUUCCGCGCUCAUCCUAUACUGUGGGCUUUACUUUCUUUAAUAGCAAUGCACCGACCAGCUUUAUGUUAUUCUUCCGUAUUAUUACGGGGUUUGUGUGCAUCUUGCUUACAUCAAUGGAGGGCAAAAAAUGUAAAUAAAUUUCAACAACCAAUAGUAAACGAAGAAUUAUUAAAAACGACGUGUCAAUUAUUAGAAGUGAUGGCUAUGGGACAAUUGUUACCUCCACCAAUUUCUAAUCUACAUCUUAUAAUUAAAUACCUGGAUGCACCCGAGAUUGCUUUGGUAUUGAAAGAAUGUGUUUGGAACUAUCUUAAAGAUCACGUACCGUCUCCUACUUUAUUUCAAACUGAUUCCAAUGGUUUAACUUGGAGAGACUCGAAUUCUGACAAACCUUUACCGCAAUAUGUUGAUACUUUAAGAAAUAUUAUGCAGAAAAAAUUACCGAAACUGGGGGCAUUUUACCAUCAGAUGUUCGCUUUAGUUGAAUUAGAAAAAAACAAAACUGAUGAAACUUCGGAUUCAAAUGUACAAUUAUAAAAUGAGAGAAAAUUAAAAUAAUAGUGUAUUGUUUAGUGUUCUGUAGAUUUACAAUAAAAUUUUCGAAUUAGGAUUUUUUAAACAAAACAUGGAAACGUUGUGUAAUAAAUUAAAUUUAUACAUUUUCUUUUAAAUUAAGAUAAACUAAAGUUCUUAUAGGAAAUUUUGAAAAUUUC